UAUCAAAGAGAGAGAGAGAGAGCUGCGAAUAAACACACCCGGGUCCCCAACACAGUUAAACGUACCAAACCCCUCCUCCCCCCCCCACCCUUCGCCCUCUCUCUCCCUCUUCACCUUCCCGGCUUGCUUAGCACGGUCUCAAUUGCCUGGUUUCCCCACUUUCCUUAUUCCUUCAAACAGCUAUUAAGUUACGGUACUUGAGCUCGUGCGGCAGGGACGGGAAAUCUUCGAAAUGACUGGAAGUGACCAAGGGAGUUUGACCAGGACUCUUAAAGACCUGUUCGCCGGGGCGGUUGGAGGGGUCGCGCAGGUGCUUACAGGUUUGUUUGCUUGCUUGCUUUCGAGGCCCAUGGGGUGUUUAUAGGUUGGAUUGGGGCUGUUGGGCGGUAGCUAAUGAGUCUGUUUGUUUGCAGGACAACCUUUUGGUAAGACUCUUAUUACCUCGACGCAGAGUGCUGGUGCUGGUGCUGGUGAGAAGGCUUGGGAGGAUGGGGGCCGCUAACUCUUGUUUUUAGAUAUUCUUAAGGUUAGGUUGCAGACUUCUUCACAAUAUGCUGGCGCUCUGGAUGCUGCGACGAAGAUUUACAAGAAUGAGGGGGCUUUGGCGUUUUACAAGGUUCUUACCGUCUUCCUACAUUCUCCUAAUAUAAGCUAAUAACGAUGCUGCGAUAGGGAACCUUGACUCCAUUGAUCGGGAUAGGAGCCUGCGUCAGCAUCCAAUUCGGCGCAUUCCACGACGCCCGCCGUAGGAUUGCUGCCUACAAUGCUCGGAAACACCCCGGGAGGGCUGACCUCACGUAUGGACAAUACUACCUUGCUGGUGCUGCUGCUGGGGUUGCAAACAGUACUCUCCCUCUCCCUCUCCCCCCGCUCCCUCCCCAAGCGGAUACUAAAACCCCCUCCUCCUCCAGGUGUAAUCUCUGGCCCAAUAGAGCACGUGCGUAUCCGCCUCCAAACCCAACCCCAUGGCACCGCCCGCCUCUACAAUGGCCCGGCAGACUGUGUCCGUAAGCUUCUCAAAACCGGCGGCGUAGCGAACGGUCUCUACCGCGGCGAAGCUGUCACAAUCCUUCGAGAAGCUCAGGCCUACGGGGUAUGGUUCCUGACAUUCGAAUACCUCAUGAAGAUGGAAUCCCGCAACAAGCCCCGCUCCGACAUCCCGUCGUGGAAAAUCGCACUCUACGGAGGUCUUGCUGGGGAGGCGCUCUGGCUCGCCUCAUACCCUCUCGACGUCGUCAAAAGUAGGAUGCAGACGGACAGGAUCGGAAGCGAUCGUGUCUAUAAGAACAUGAGGGAUUGCUUUGCGAAGACCUAUGCUAAGGAAGGCUUCAUGGGGUUCUGGAAAGGUCUAGGGCCGACUCUAUUGAGGGCCAUGCCGGUGUCCGCGGGGACGUUCUUUGUGUAUGCUUUCUCUGUCCUACUACUCUGGUUUUCUAUGACGGUUGUCUCUGGCGUGUGUGGUGGCUAAUGAGGAAUCUACUAGGGUCGAAACUGUCAUGAGAUUAAUUCACUAGAGUAGUUUCCCAUUUCAUUCCCGAGAUAUAUUUCAUGUUUACUUUACACGUGGGAAGGUAGACGGUUUCUUUUAGCGGUUUGAGCUGUAGAGAACCUAUGAUUGAUACUGUGCGAUACACCCUUGUCUGUGGCUUGGGGCUCUUUCCUUCCUCUUACUUCCCGUUCCCCUUACGAUGCGAUGCCCAGCACUUCUUUUCCUCUUUGGUUCGUUCCACAAAUUCCCCCGGGAACACGGUCUAUGGAGGGCCUAUUUUUAUUUUUUAUUUUUAUUUUGCUUCAACUUUAGAAUACAGUACAGAGCAAAAUUGUAUA